AUGUCGUCCAAGCCAUUCGUCGCUCAGUGGGGUGUCGUCGGUUGUGGAUGGAUCUCUUCUGAGUUCGUCAUGGAUAUUACCCGUCCGACCUCCCUCAGGAAAGUCAGCGACGUCUCGCAUGCCCUUGCAGCAGUCGGCUCUAGGUCUCUACCCAAGGCCGAGGACUUCAUCUCAAAGUACUGUCCAGACGGAGCUUGCGGUCAAAAGGAUGGUCUGGUGGAUUUCAAACCGAGAGCAUAUGGAAGCUACAAAGAGGUUGCUGAUGAUCCCAACGUCAACAUCGUCUAUGUUGGCACGAUGAACACGUCGCAUUAUGAUGAUGCCAAGAUGGCUCUUGAAGCAGGCAAGCAUUGUCUGUUGGAGAAGCCUGCAACUCUCAAUGCUGCUGAGUGGAAAGAUUUGAGCGGAUUGGCAAAGUCAAGAGAUCUGUUCCUGAUGGAAGCCGUCUGGACCCGAUUUAAUCCCGUUAUGCUUGCCAUUCAACAGGCUGUACAUAUCGACAAAGUCAUAGGAGACGUCCAUGUAGUGCGAUCCGAUCACUCAAUGGACCUCUAUGGCAAGCAGCCCGACACACAUCGAUGUCUAUCUGCAGAUUUGGCAGGCGGACCAAUGCUCGACGUCGGGCCAUAUCCGAUGGUUUGGAGUCUGAUGAUGCUCUUUCGUCAUCCCAAGAACGAUAUGAGUCCACCUGAAAAAGUCGCUGGGACUAUGCUGUUACACUCGACCGGAGUCGAUCUAGCGACCGGGUGGACAAUGACGUUUCCGAAGAUCAAGGCGAUCGCGUAUUGCACCACCAACCUGUUCGAAGACACUGACAAGAAGGCACACACCCGGAUUGUCGGCUCGGAGGGGGAGAUUGUCGUCCAAGGUCAUACUUCUCGCCCUGUUGGCUACACCGUCCGUCGCCUGAUCGAUCCAAGCAGAAGCGACGGCAAAUAUCACCCAGAUGAAGUUCACGAUAUGGGUUUUGAAGGGUUUGGGCUCUCAUGGGAGGCAGACCAGGUCGCAAGAUGCUUGAAGGCGGGACUUACUGAAUGCCCUACUAUGCUUCAUAAGGAGACUCAGAUGACAAUGGAGAUCUUCGACAAGUUGCGCUUGGAAGGCGGGUAUCACUAUCUUCCCGGCUUGGAGCGGAUUCCCUUGAAGCCUUAG